AUGGCGCAGGAACAGGAACCGAAUGAGCUGGAGCUGGCGGAGCUACGUAACAGAGUAAAACGCCGUGUAACCAACCUGCUCCGCAACAAGCCUGAUGAAGAGAAGUUCAACGUCCUCGUAGUCGGCAUGCCAGGCUCUGGCAAAUCGUCUUUUAUCAACUCGAUGAGUAUGGCCGUCACUGGAACUUGGAAGGAAGUCGCGCACUACAGUAAAAGCAACAAGAGUGUGACGAGAUGCCUGGAGGGCUAUGUCAUGUUUGACGAUAAUUGCAAAGAAGUAGACGAAGACCACCCAAUGCCAGCCUACAAGAAAAACGUCGUCUUCUGGGACUGUGCCGGAUUUCCUGAUGCCACCGAUAAAGUGUACUCUACGAUCGUCUCACUGGCACUUGACAGUCGCAUACCAUCCGGCACCAACGUGAUCGAAUGCAUGAAUCAAACCCCGGAUGAGCUCAGAAAAAGGUUCGCACGAGUAGAUCGCAACAUGACGUUUGAUCGGAUCGUAUUCAUCUUGUCCGCAGCAAGUGAGGAAAUUCCCGGUUACCUGGUGGAAGCAAUCAAGACAGGAGCACAGCAAGGGCAUGGUAAAUAUUGUCUUUUUUCCUUAGGCCAUCAGCUCCAAUAG